AUGGCCUCGUCAACGGCGAGAUUGGCUCCGGCGGGUCGUCCGCCCUCUCUCGAGGACUUCUUCAUCUCCGCCGUCCAAACCAUCCUCUCAUCUUCAUCAACCAACGCCCCUUACUCGUCCGCUCCCUGGGCCCGAUCUACCAAAUCCGAGAGGUCGACCAACGACAAGCCCCUCGUCGUCGCCAUGGCCGAGGCCAAAGUCUGCUACUUUAACACCACCCGCACCUUCCCUCCCCUGCACCACUUCCGCCAAGAAGAGCUUUCUCAAAUGCUGCUCGAGUUGUUCUACCCGAUCCAGCCGGAGAGGUAUCACAGCCGCAGAUACAAGUUUGUGCGCAAGUCGAAAGCUGGCUCCACGCCUGCGCGGUAUGUGGUGCAUGGGAAGGAAAGGAGACAGUACGAAGAGGACAAGGCCGAGUUUGAUGAUGCGCCUGGAUGA